AUGAAACUGAGCAAAGAGCAGAAAAAGGCCGCGGAAAACCUCGGAAAAUGGCGGCAGAAAUUCAAAUCUGUAUGUUCAUGAUUUUCACUCCCAAAAUUCACUUGUUUUUAGCGGAACGACAUGCAUGAGAUCUUGCCGGGCCUUUAUCUGGGAAGUUAUUCCGCAGCAAUAAACCGAAGGAGCCUCGAGGCGGCUAAUAUAUCUGCUGUUUUAUCGAUCAUGACGACAUCCGUAAAAAAGGAAAAACAAAUAAAAUACAAGCAGAUACACCUGGAGGAUGAUCCGAGCAGCGAUUUGUCAAAGCAUUUCGAAGAAUGCAUUAAUUUUAUUCAUUUCUAUCGAGUUGCAAAUAGUAAGUAUAAUAUAAGGCGCGUGCGUUCUACUUUUCUUCGGACUUCCUCGCAGAAAACCCGCAUUUCUUGUCUGUGGGCCCGCUAGACAAGAAACGCGCAAUUCUUGCCUAAAAUUGCGUAACAUUGCGCAAUUUUCUGCUCUCUCCCCGUGAAGAUUUUUUUCUUUUUUUCUCUGCUCAGCCAAGAAUUGCACAUUUCUUGUCUAGCGGGCCCACAGACAAGAAAUGCGGGUUUUCUGCGAGGGAGUCCGAAGAAAAGUAGAACGCACGCGCCUUAUAUGCAAAAAACAAAAAUUUCCAGGGAAUGUGUUAGUUCAUUGUCUAAUGGGAGUGAGUCGAUCAGCGACAAUUGUAAUUGCCUAUAUUAUGGCUAUUACAAAGUUGGACCCAUUUGAUGUUAUCGGAUUUGUGACCUCCAGAAGGGAUUUUAUUAAUCCAAAUGAAGGAUUUUUGGAGCAAUUGAAGAUAUACAAAGCGGUAGGAGAAUGUCAGGCAAGGAUAGUGCUUUCAGAAAUGUAACGAGACACAUAAAGAGCUGCAAAUUACUCAUGAACGGGUUAAAGACGAUCAUUUCCAAUUAGUCGAAAGGGAUUUGAAGGUGGUUAACGAGUGGUUGGCGGUUGCAAAGGAUGGGAAUCUUGCGUGA